AAAAUUUGUUCAGUAACAGUUAGUUUCGGCUUCUUCAACUGCUUGCUUUUUCUAAAUUAUUUUUUAGGCCCUUGCUGAAAGAAAAAUGCUGCACAUCUUGAAAUUUGGGCGCUUCAUGCGUCUGCAAUGCCAUAAUAUUUCUUACACUUCCCGUGUUCGCAUGAUGUCUGGCGAUUCCAAGUCAGAUGGCGAUAAAUGUAAAUCAAAGAAGGAGGAAUCAAAGUGCAAAUCAAAAAAGGAGGAACCAAUAAAGGAGGAGUCAAAGUGUGAGGAGGAAUCAAAGAAAUCAAAGGACGAUACUGAAAUUCAGGGCGGCACAAAAUGCAAGCCUCCAGAAGAUGAGAACUCAGAAUGCCAAGAAGAAAAACCCAAAGGCGCAACUAGAAAGCCAUCCUGUGAGGAGCUGUUACUGAAGCGUGAAGGUAUGAACGCUAAAAAAGACAAGUGCAAUGAUAUCAAGAAAAUAAGUGGUGGCGCACCAAAGUGUCCGAAAAAGUGUCCACCUCCACCACCAUGUGAGGGACAGGCGAGUGCGCGCUGGAAGAAAAUAACCCUAAUGGGAGUUAUUCCUAUUGUAGCGCUGCUCUCAGCAUUUGUACUCACCCACCAUAGUGAAAAGGAACGUCCAGAAUUCGUACGCCAUCCUCAUAUGUACAUACGCUCAAAGCCGUUCUACUUUGGGGACCACAUACGCAGCCAAUAUCACAAUAAACACUGGAACGCCAUACCGCCAGAUGGUUAUGAAGAUGAAAUCGAUACGGGUGCUAUUGGCAAGACUCCCGAAACGGAGAAGGAGCGUGCGGAUCGUGAAAAAGAAUUUCAAGCAGUACACAAAGACUGGAAAAAGAUGAUAUCCCAGCGAGAGGCAGAGGAGAAAAAGCAGAACGCUGCUGCCGAGAAAGAGGCGAAAAAGGCGCAGGCAGAGGCAGAAAAGGAGGAGAAGCAACGCCAAAAGGAGGCCGAAAAAGAGGAAAAACGUCAGCAGGCUGAAGCCGAUAAAGAAGCCAAACGGCUUCAGAAGGAGGCCAAAAAGGUGGCAUACUCGCACAACAAAUCCUAUGAUGAUGAUGAUUAAUCAGCAAAAUUUCUGUAUAAUAAAAAGGUUUAAAUUUCUUUA